AUGCAGCUGGAAGCAAUCUUUGCAGAAUUUUGGCAAAAACUGGGACUUCAGCUGCAGGAACCUGUUCAAAAGAAGCAAAAAUCUGCUCUACCUCAGAAUUGCAGGGAUAUGCAUAUUGAGGCGGCUGUGAUGGGGAUCCAACACCGUUAUGACAGACCUCCUGGACCUGCCUUUAGCCCACUACUGAAGACCAGCAUUGCUGAUGAGAAGCCCCUUUCUUCAUCCGGGUCAGGGGUCUAUUCGGAAGUGUUGCCGACCCACCGUCCAUACAUCCAAAGGAGUCUCCAUGAAUUGAAGCCCCAGUGGGCCCAUGGUACACCACAUGUCACAGGGGGACCUGUGGACACAUGGAUGUGGCUCCCUCCCAUGCCUGGGCUCGAAGAUCGGCUCUGA